CCCCAGGCCCAUUCCCGAAGAUUGCCGAGUAGAGGGGAGGGGGGUCGCGCCGUCUCUCCGCUCUUGUACGGCGUUUCCGGAGAUUGCCGAGGGGCUUCGGCCUUUUCCUUGCCUCCCUCCCUCUCUCCGGCGGCCGCUACUGUCUCCUCCUCGGUUCUUUUCGGCGCUGGCCGGCGGGCCCGAGUCGCUGUCGGAGCCUCCUUGCUGGGCUUUGGCCAUUCGCCGUCGCCUUUGCCCAGAGACUUCGUUUCGUAGCCACUAGAUUGGGGCGGACCGGGCUUAGGCUGGGCCUCAGCGCUUGCUGGGUUAUCGCGACCGGUUGGGGCCGACUAGUCGUGACUGUGAGGCGACGCGGACGGCUGCGGCUCCCCCUAGGGGAAGCGGGGCGGCCGGGGGUCCGGCUCGGAUGGCGGAGGGCAUCCAACAGCAGCAGCUCUUGCCUGGCGGCGGACUAGCCCCUCGAGGGGUCAAGCGGGAGCCGGAGCUGGAGCAACCAAUGCCCGGAGGCGACGGAGCCGAGAGCGGCCAGAGCAAGAGGCUGAGGACCGAGGCGGAGGCGGCCGAAGGCGGCGGCAUGCAGAAUGAGCCUCUGACUUCCAGUUAUCAUGGGUACCCAACAAGAGACAGUCAGGGUAACCAGGAGCCAACAGCCACUCCUGACACAAUGGUCCAGCCAUUCACCACAAUCCCAUUCCCACCUCCCCCACAGAAUGGGAUCCCCACAGAGUAUGGGGUACCCCACACUCAGGACUAUGCAGGCCAGACCAGCGAGCACAAUCUGACAAUCUAUGGCAGUACACAGGCGCAUGGAGAGCAGAACACGAAUUCAGCCACCACACAGAAUGGAUCUCUUACGCAGACAGAAGGAGGGGCACAGACGGAUGGCCAGCAGUCACAGACACAAAGCAGUGAGAAUACUGAGAGCAAGUCUACUCCAAAGCGGCUGCACGUCUCCAAUAUUCCCUUCCGCUUUCGGGAUCCUGACCUCCGGCAGAUGUUUGGGCAAUUUGGCAAAAUUCUUGAUGUAGAGAUAAUCUUUAAUGAACGCGGCUCUAAGGGAUUCGGGUUCGUAACUUUCGAGAAUAGUGCUGAUGCAGACAGGGCCAGGGAGAAAUUACACGGCACCGUGGUAGAGGGCCGUAAAAUCGAGGUUAAUAAUGCUACAGCACGAGUGAUGACUAAUAAGAAGAUGGUUACACCAUACGCAAAUGGAUGGAAGCUGAGCCCUGUGGUUGGAGCAGUGUACGGCCCUGAAUUAUACGCAGCAUCCAGUUUUCAAGCAGAUGUCUCGCUGGGCAAUGACGCUGCAGUGCCCCUGUCAGGAAGGGGGGGUAUUAACACUUACAUUCCUUUAAUCAUUCCCGGCUUUCCUUACCCAACUGCAGCCACCACAGCCGCCGCUUUCAGGGGUGCCCAUCUGAGGGGCCGAGGACGAACAGUGUAUGGUGCAGUGCGGGCAGUACCUCCAGCAGCCAUCCCAGCCUACCCAGGUGUGGUUUACCAGGACGGAUUUUACGGUGCUGACCUCUAUGGCGGAUAUGCAGCCUACAGAUAUGCACAGCCUGCUACUGCAACAGCAGCCACUGCUGCUGCAGCCGCUGCAGCGGCUUACAGCGAUGGCUAUGGCAGGGUGUACACAGCAGACCCUUACCACGCCCUUGCCCCUGCCGCUAGCUAUGGAGUUGGCGCUGUGGCAAGUUUAUAUCGAGGCGGCUACAGCCGGUUCGCCCCCUACUGAAGUGACGUGACCCCCCUGCAAGUGGGACAGCCCCCCAGUUCAUGAGGCCUGGCUAUUGCAAUAUUUACUAGUAGAGGAACUCUAUAGCAAGAAGAGGAGGAAAAACAAAAGAAAAAGAAAAAAAACAAGAGAAAUACUUUUUUAUACCUCACUAUGUUCUUUGAAUAUGUAUUUUUUUCCUUUAAAUUUCUGCCUUUAAUUCUUUUGUUCCAAAGAUUGUGCAUUUUUGGGUUUUUGGUUGUUUUUUUAACUGUGGUAAACAUAAUGAAUUUCCAUGUCUGUAUAUGCAUAGCUUAUCCUACCAAUCACAAAGGAGACAAAUAGUGCUAAGGAGCACCAUUAGGAACCAAUAUCAUGGAACUCAAAUCAGGAACAUGCAGACACUUGUGCUACCUGGGUCUGGUGCCUGAGGCCCAUGAUGGACGAGGAAGAGCCUCUCUACCUGCGGGACAGCAGUGCUGAUUGGCUGCAGCUGGAACCUGCACAUUGGUUGGAAAUGCAAACAUCCUUCUUCCCCUCCCCAUUUUCUUACCAUCAUACAUGGGCUUGGAGCAGUUCCAGAGGAUUUUACAGAUUCUGUGACGAGACUCCCUAGAGCUGCCCAAAGACUUUGUCUGUUAACGGUUUUAGGGGACAAGACUUGAAAUAAAUUUGCGAUCCUGUUGCUUCUAUACAUGCACCUAAAUUUAGUGAUUGAUGUCCACUACCAAGGCUCUAGCUCUUAAGUUUCUUUCACUUGCUAUGGUCUUCCUCUUUUCCCAUCUUCCUCCCUUUUUUUCUUUUUCCUGGAGGAGCAGCAGAUGUGGGACAGUGACAACAGAACUUAAAGCCAUGGUCUGUCUUUGAUUAACAAGGAGCAUAAUGGCAAAGUGCACACAGCCUACUGGUUAGAGGAACAGUGGCCAAAAAAGCUUGCACCAGUAGCACUCUGAGCUACCCAGUGUCCGAGAUCCCUCUUCUCUCCCCCCCCCCCCCCCCCGCCACAAGAUACUUAGCUUUGCUGCAAGUAUACCAUCCAAAAAUUGCAUGAAGAGAGAGACUGGAUUGAGGCCCUAGGAACAGGGCAUGAGGGGAUUUUUUUCGUGUCAUAACACUAUUCUGGCAGUAGUCAUUGUAUAGUUUCAUCAUCAGGGGGCAGGCAGAAAUGGAUUUCAACUGUUGUGUGAAAACACAAAGAGAAUCCUGCUGUGGCAUUUGUGCAGUCACUUUUUGAGUACCAAUGUGUCGUUCCAGCGAGAAAUCUGCAUCCAGGCUUGGUUUGAGUACAUACUGUAGAAUGCAAAUGGAGAGAUUCAUCAGGAAGACCCUUUCUGUUUCCUUAUGAAAGAAUGGCCUUUAUUUUUACCCUGCAGACACUUUUGAAAGUUGCUGUGGAAGCAUGAGGACAAGCCAGACCACUACUCUUAAAUGUCUGACGUGAAUUUUGGAAAUCCAGGGGGAAGAAGGAGGAUCCCACUUUGCCCUCUUGGCCAUCAGAAUUUUCUCAGCACCUACUGCAGGUUCUCUGCAGCUCUAUCUUAAAAACCCUGAAUAUUAGAGAAGCACAAUUCCCUUUGACUCCCUGGCCUGCCUAAAUUGGUACUGGGUGACCUCUCAUCCUUGGAAGGGCAGGAAGGGGGUGGACUUGUAGCUGAAGUCUUUUCAACUCCUGUCACCAUGCACACUGGCCAGUGAUGUCAGCAUAGGAACAGAGAUGUCCUGAAAUUCUUCAACAAACAGGGCUUACCCAGGAGGGUCACUGGCCCAGUUGCUCUCCACUUGCCCCUUUUCCCAUUUCCAUGUGUGCCCUCUUAGUGCUUGCCAUAGAAAGGGGUGCCUGAAGCAAGAAGGGCUUGGGGUGGGGGGUGGUGGUGGAUCUUAAUGAAGCUAGAAACUCUAAUGAUAUUGAUUCUCUGGAAUGAGGUGACACUAAACUGCCAGCCUGUUGGCUACUUUCUGUUUGGAUUUUUUUGUUGUUUUUUGUUUUUAUUGUCUUGCGUUUUUUCCCCCAAGCCAAAGUUUGGUUUGUUGCUGUUGGGACAAUUUCUGGGGUUUUUUGUAUAUAAAUAUUUUAGUUAGGUUAAAAAUGGAAUGGGGAGAGGGGAGUGGGGUACUGGUCUUUCGCAAGAUUGAGGAAAUGGGGAAGAAGGGGGGGGGGGGUUGGUCUGACUUCUAGAAAUCACUUAGUGUUGUUUGCUGAUAAGCCUCUUUCCAUCACAUGGCAGGUGAGGGCUGGAAAAGGACCCCUGCCCCGGGGAGUGAGACGCAGCAAAAAACUGUGGGCCAAAUAAUCAAUUACAUGAACUGAGAAGCAUUUUCCUGGCACUGACUCUUCCUUGCAAAGCUCUGCUAUGAACCUCGUGUUGAUAGACUCUUACUUUUGAAAAUCUGAGCACUCCUAAUUUGGAUUCCAUUUGGAUUGUCUGUGUUCCAUAGUUCUUGUAGUAAGGAAGAGGAGUCUCCCUCAGAACUAGAUAUACAAGACCAAGCAGAGUGUGUAAUGCAUCCCAUUACAAGCAGCUUGAGAACCAGCCAGCUUGGGUGGUCAUCUGAGGUGCAUUGCCAUAGUACUUGUUGACUGAGGCCAAGAUGGUUGUUACAGUUUGCUUCUCCAUCUAUAAAAUGGAAGAACAGUACAAUCUUUCUUUGUGAAAUACAGAUUCAUGGUAGAAGGAGGAACACUAUUACUAAUUAGACAUUCUUGUAUCUCAGCAUCUCUAAAAGCCUACAAAAACCAGUGCACCAGUUUUGCUGCACAGCAGGUUUCUUGUAAGAUUUUACUGUUUGAUUUCUUGAACAACCCCAACAUUUUCAUAGGUGGAUGCAAUUGGGGCUUUCCACAUCCUCCUACAUCCCCUUCUCUUUAUAGAUGCCUAGUAAAUUGCUGGGGGGGGGGGGGGGGGCAAUCUGGAAUUCAACUAUGGAAACCAAAUUUGGCAAGCAUAUCUUUUGCUGUGUCCCCCUCCUAAAAGGAACAUUGCAGGCAUCCUGGGAAAUAGAACACAUCUCCAGCAAGCCAGCAUCUGAGGGACCCUUAGUCCUGGGGCAGGGGAGAUUUAAAGAGUGUGUUUGCCUGUUUGCACUGGUUUUAAAAUAGGAAAAUGAAAAUCCUAGUGAACAAAGCAAAGAGCCAGUGUGAUAUUCUGUGUGAAUGUGUGUUUUUAAUUUUGUCAUGCUCUUGAAAAUGUCAAACAUUGUAGUAUGCACCAGCGUGACUUGAUUCUUUGUUGCAUAAAACACUAUUUUGGUGAUGUUAUCCUCUGAACAGCCUAUCCCUUCUUUCCCCUAUCCUCCCUCUCUCCUCUUUUGAAGUUGCUUUUAUUUUGUAAUGAAACCUUCCCUCAGAGAGGCCAGCUGCCUUCUGGUAGUCCAAGUGAAAGUGGUCUUUUCCCAAGUACUCCCCCCUGUAUUCUUUCCUUUAGUCUGGAUAAUUUCAAGAUAUGGUGUGGUAUUGCUUCUGUUCCUUAUCUGUCAAAUGAAAUGCAGGAAUAUGUCCAUUUUUAGGGUGGCCUGCUGUAACUAACAGUGGGGAUCCGGACACACUAGAGAAUACGUGCGUCAACAUUGUCUGGUUGACAUUUCUAAAUUGCCGCCAGGUAGGGAUUACUUGGGAUGAUUUCUAGAUAAUUAAACCCAAAGACUUCCAGAUGUCGAGGUUAUAAACUUCCUUACUAGCAGAGAAGGUCUGUCCUGCCAACUUUUUCCCUCUCUCAAGCCGUCCACUGGAGUAUUCAUUUGGCUAGCAAUCUUGCAUCAUGAUACCACUUAUUUAACGGUUGUCUUAAAAGGCAAAUUGGAAACCUCUUAUUGAGCUUUCUCUCUUUUAGGGGCGAAACAUUGAAGUGCGUUUGUUGCUGCUUUGAGAAAUAACUGUCAAGGAACCUAGUUUAUAUAUAUCUUUGUAUAUUCCCAGUGUAAGUCAUUUAGGAAUUCUCUUCCCAGUAUUAAGUAUGCAUUGCAGUUCUGGCAAUUUGUUUAUAGUAAGUGAAAAAAGUAAUCAUCCAGGAACUUUUAUUUGGAUUUUUUUAAAAAAAUGUUAUUAAAUUCUUAUUUUAUUUUAAUUUUUUUUGUAAAUAACUGAGGCAAAAUGCUGGUCCAAUGGCAGAUCACAGCCAGGACUGUAGGGCAACAUCAAGAUGAUGCUUUACUGACCUUCCAGGCUUAGCUAACACUUGGAGUUCUUCAGUUCAAGGCCUAGAAUGCCCCAGACUCUGAUGGUAAUGACUGACAUGCCUCUUCAUGCAGUGUCUCCUGCACCUUUCCCUUGCCAGGUACCCUUGGGGCCAUAGGAUGCAUUGUAGUUAGAUGCUCUUCCCUCCUCUGGAUCAUUUCCCAGGAUGCCCAGGCUACUUGCCUAGAGUCCCAGAUCCCUGCUCUGGGGAAGCAGCACCUGCAUCCUGGGACUUUGUGGCCGCCUCCUUAACAUCCUUCUCCCUCCCCACUCUCCCUGGUUAAGUAUCAUAUUGUACAGUAGCUUUCAAACCAUACAGUAUUCAUUGGGUUACUCUUAUUAUUAUCAAGUAGCUGGAAUUGUGAAGGUCGGAGUAGUUAGAUCUUUAGCUUUUAUUCCUUUUUUUGUAUUACUAUCCAUGUGUAUAAAUUAUUGAUCAUGUUGCUGGCUUUUAUAAACUCUAAGCAAGGGAGGAGUCCUUCCUCACCCUUUGCAAAUGGUAAUGAAGCACUGUUUUUAAAUAAAAAGAGAGAAACACCA